AGGGCCUGGCGCCCGGGUCUGGGGGUGCGGGGUGUGCAGACGCAGCCUCAGGCCUGGAGGGGUGGUGGGCUGCGAUGCGUGGUCUUCUGCUUCUGUGCUGUGGCUAUGGGCUUUGGGCCCCUCAGCUCCUGGGCAGGGGGUUCAUCAAAGAACACGGGAGGGGCGCGUCCCUCCCACUCAUUGCCCUUGAUGUGUCACUGGGCCUGAAACCCCUCCACAGACGCGUCUUCCCCGGGCACAGCGGUUGCUGGGGGGGGUGGUCCCGGGCCCUGGGCCCACGUGCCUCCUCGCCCCACCGUGGUGGGUGCUGUUCGUUCCCCUAAAUGAAGGGACAGGUCUCACGUUGCCGGGGCCUCCAUCCGCUCAGCGGCUUCAUGUCUGCCCCAGGUGUGGGUUUGAGUGGACUGGCUGGCAGUGGGCUGCCCACGAGGGCAUGGCUGUGACGGGGUGGGCAUGUGCCAGUGUGGCUGUCCCGUCCUGCCCCUGAGCCGCUGGAAAGACACCUGCUCCACCCCCAGGCUGCAAGGAGCCUCUGGUCUGAGGGGUGAGGUGUGAUGGGCGGGGUGUGUGAGCUUGCCCCCCCGCCCCCCGCCCCCGCAAUCCCUGGCUGGUAGGGGAGGACAGAAUCCCCCUUCCAGCGCCAACGGCAGAUUCACGGCCCCAUGUGAGUCAUCGCGUGUUGGCUCCCUGGGGAGAGCGUAAGGCUGGUGGCUCAUGGCAUCUGUCUGCUGGGAACCCAGGAGGGCGUGGGGUGCAGGGCACCUCAGAAUGAGUGGACAAUGCCGGCGGGUCUCAGGGCUCCAGGACCGCUGGGGGCUGGACGGCCCUCAGUCCGUGUGUGUGUCCCCAACUCUGAACAUGUGUCUUCUCUGUGUGCAUGUCCGCAUGUGGGUACUCUCGUGUCUGCCAGGGCAUCUCAGAAGGCUGAGUGACCAGAGGGUGGGGAUGCAGCCCCCCAGUCUGGGCCGCUGGUUGGUGCUCUGGCCCCGUGAGUCUGAGUGCACCACCACUCAGCCCCCACUGCCCCUGCAGGGACCUGGUCCUGAGUGGAGAGCCCCACAGAGGCUGGGAAUGAGGUGCAGCACGGUCUCCAUUCUGCCCGUCUUCCUUCCACAGAGCUCCGGCUUUGGCCUUGCUGACUGCUCACCUGCCGCCUGGCCAGCCUUCAGGGGCGCUGGGCACCGCCUACCUUCUUCCCUGCCGCAAACCCAGAGCUGAAGCGCUGCAGCAUGGCGCGCGGCUGCCUGCAGGGCGUCAAGUACCUCAUGUUCGCCUUCAACCUGCUCUUCUGGCUGGGAGGCUGCGGCAUCCUCGGCGUCGGCAUCUGGCUGGCGGCCACGCAGGGGAACUUCGCCACCCUGUCCUCCUCCUUCCCGUCCCUGUCAGCCGCCAACCUGCUUAUUGUCACCGGCACCUUUGUGAUGGCCAUCGGCUUUGUGGGCUGCAUCGGGGCCAUCAAGGAGAACAAAUGCCUUCUGCUCACUUUCUUCGUGCUGCUGCUGCUGGUGUUCCUGCUGGAGGCCUCCCUCGCCAUCCUCUUCUUCGCCUACACCGACAAGAUCGACAGGUAUGCACAGCAGGACCUGAAAAAGGGCCUACACCUGUAUGGCACCCCCGGUAACGUGGGCCUCACCAACGCCUGGAGCAUCAUCCAGACAGACUUCCGCUGCUGCGGGGUCUCCAACUACACUGACUGGUUCGAGGUCUACAACGCCACGCGCGUGCCGGACUCCUGCUGCCUGGAGUUCAGCGAGAGCUGCGGGUUGCACGCGCCCGGCACCUGGUGGAAGGCGCCAUGUUACGAGACGGUGAAGGUGUGGCUCCAGGAGAACCUGCUGGCCGUGGGUGUCUUCGGGCUGUGCACAGCACUGGUUCAGAUCUUGGGCCUGACCUUUGCCAUGACGAUGUACUGCCAGGUGGUGAAGGCUGACACCUACUGUGCGUAGGCUGCCAGCUGCCCGCCACCCCUGCUUUGCUGCCGAAGGACGUCGCCCCUGGGGCGAUGACCGUGUCCCCACCUGCGUCUCCCGCUACAGGACCUCUCACCAGCCCAGGCAUGGGGGCGGGAGGACCAGGCAGCCAGAGCCCCCAGGGCUGCCAGCCAGGCCUGUGAGCGCCGCCGCGUGGCCGGGGCGGCAGUCGGGAGGGGCUUCUGACGCUUCUUAUACCCAGGUACCCUCCAGAGCAGUGUGCUCCCCCUCAGCCCUGUGCAGGGCGGGGGGCUGGGGUGGGAGGUGGGGGACUGACCACUGGUCCUGGUGCUUGAGGCGGGUCUGCAGCCCCGUCCACCCACAUUCCACAGCGGGGCCGCGGCCGGCUCUGCGUGCGUCUUAAUAAAGUGUGUGGGCAGCA